AUGGCAAGACCAAGACAACGUCGUAAGAUAAAAAAUCCUUCACUUAAACUUUCUAGGAAAACUUCAAAUAAACAUUUUAAAAAAAUAGUUGUCCAUGGAGACCCUAUAAUAGCUUCAAAUUGGAAUAAAAAAGAAACUCUUCGUCAAAAUUAUAAACGUAUAGGGCUUUUAACAUCACUCAAUAGAGUUGCAGGUGGUAUAGAGAAAUUGUAUCCAGAUAAUGUAGAAGAGGAAAAAGAUCGAGGAAAAAUAGAAUAUGAUGAUAAUAAUAAUAAAGAAGAAUUGAAAAAAGUUUUAGGACCUAAUGUUGGAAUAAUAGAACGUGAUGAUGAAGGCAACAUAGUAAAUGUUAUAAUUGGUGAAGAUGAAGAUGAAAACGAAGUUUUUGAUAAAAAAAUUCAGCCAGAACCAGCGAAAACGGAAAUUGUUAAAGCUUUAGAAGAAGAAGCAUCGAAAGUAUUUAAACAUGAAAAAUAUCAAUCUGGAGGAGAAAUAGAAUUUGUAAAAAAAUUGAUAGAGAGAUAUGGCGAAGAUUAUGAUGCGAUGUUUAAAGAUAUAAAAUUAAAUGUCGAAGGAAAUAAUGAUUAUGUAUAG